CUAGAUAAAGAAGGCAAUCAUAUUACUUGUUCUUUGAACUCCGAGUAAUUGUGUACUUACGUCUCAGUAUUGAUUGUGACCUUAACUAUGGACGUUAGAAGAGCAGUGAUUUUAAAUUUGUUGGCUACGGUCUGCUGUACCACAAUAAGGAUCAAACAAGGGUUGCUAAGAGGCGAGGUAUUGGAAGCCGUUACUGGAAAUUGUCGGUAUCACAGCUUCAAGGGGAUACCGUACGCAACACCUCCUGUAGGAAACUUGAGGUUUAAGGCGCCUGAACCUGCUACACCAUGGACCGGUACAAGGGACGCCACAAAACAUGGGUCUGUAUGUACUCAAUACAAUUUCCUAGCAAUAGAGACAGAAGAAAGACACCUUGGCACCGAAGACUGCUUGUUUCUGAACGUCUACUCACCUAACAUGAACCCCAAGGAACCUCUGCCAGUGGUCAUAUUCAUCCACGGUGGUGGCUUCAGCUGUGGGUCAGGAAAUGUAGAUGACUACGGGCCUGACUUCCUCGUAUGUGAGCAAAUCGUCGUAGUAACAAUUAAUUACAGAGUAGGUUUGCUUGGAUUCCUGUCUUUGGACACAGAAGAUGUUCCAGGCAAUGCUGGAAUGAAAGACCAAGUCGAAGCGUUCAAAUGGGUUCAAGAAAACAUUGGGUACUUUGGUGGUGAUCCAAACAAAGUAACGAUCAUGGGCCAGAGCGCUGGUGGAGUGUCUGUUGGCUUGCAUCUUAUGUCGCCCAUGUCUCAAGGUCUUUACCAAAGGGCUAUCGUGAUGAGUGGUGUGCCCAUGUGUGAUUUUGGGGCACCAUACCAACCGAGAAGACGGGCUUUCAAACUAGCGAAGAAACUUGGUUUUGUAACUACUGACCCACGUGAAUUACUGAGUUUUCUGCAAAGUGUACCUCCUGAACAAUUUAUAGAUACGUACGCUCCGGUUAUCCACAUAGAAGAACUUUGGAAAAAAGAUAUCUACAAGGUCCACGUAUCUACGCCAGUACUGGAAAAUUUUGGGAAUAAUAGCUUUUUAAGAAGUACCAAAGAUUUAAAUACGUACAUUAAAGCAAUUGAUACGGGUUUAGUCAACGAUGCAGACAUUUUUAUUGGCCAUACUGAUCAAGAGAGCAUUUUCUUGUUAAAUGAAGAUUAUUUGAAGCUAUACGACGAUAACCCCGAACUGUUUGUUCUAAAGAAACUCUUCGUCGCUAUGAAACCAAAUACGGUUUUAGAUUUAAUUGAAAUUAUUCAGAGGCAGUACUUUAAUGGAAAACCUAUCAACAUGGACGUCAUAAAGGAAUUCGCCGUUUAUUCCAGCGAAGCUAACUUUAUAUCUGAUAUACGAAGAUUUGUCGACAAAUUGCAAAAUCCUCACAAUCGUCGAAGAUAUUUUUACACGUUCUCUUGCGUAUCUGAUAGAAAUUACUACACCAAGGGUGUAGCAAAGUAUGGGCUGCACGGGGCCUCUCAUCUAGAAGAUCUCUUGUAUAUAUUUGACGCUAAAAAACUGAAUAUGACCAUUGAUAAGAAAGGUAGAGAAUAUGAAUUGAUAAAGAAGACUACUAAUAUAUUCGGCAACUUUAUCAAAUAUGGGAACCCUACACCUAGCCCUAUAUCGGGGCUGAACUGGCCGGAAUACAAUAAUAAGGACAAGAUGUAUGUGGACAUCAAUGAUGAACUCAAACUUCGUCAAGAUCCUGGUGGCAAAGGUGCAAGAUUUUGGAGAGAGAUCUAUGAUUCCGUUUUGCAUAUAUAAUACAUUUAUACUGUAGAGCUGAUAAAUAUUUAUAUGUCAUAAUAAUAAAUAACAUCAACCCUGUGUUAUACAUUGUCCCACUGCUGGCACAGGCCUUCUCUACUGGUGAGAGGGACUAGGCCUUAGUCUGCCGCGCUGGCCUAAUAACAGAAUUGAUAAUAUUUGCAUGCAUUUUAUGAAGUUGUUACAAAUAAGUAAACAAUUACCAACACAAUUUAUCGUUAAUGUAUGACAUUAUGAUGAAUUUGAAACACAAAUUAUAUUUUAUACUUGCUUUUUCUCGCAGAUUUGCCCGCGUAAUGUUUUCCGGGAUCAAAAGUAGCUUAUAACCUUAAAACUCCGUUCAGUAAAUUUUGAGAAAAUCGAUAACAUACAGACGGACAGAAAAGGGGACUUGUUUUAUAAUAUCUAUAGAUAUAAAUGUGUAUAUAACACUUCUAAAUUAUCAUUUUACAUGACUAUAAUAUGUUAGUCAAUGCUAAACGUUACAGUUUUACCGAACUCUAAACGGUAAAAUCGUUUAGUUAUGGUUUGUUCCAUAAACUGAUAUAAUUAAAACAAUAACUGCUGCAAUGAGACACGCUUGUGAUUGCGUUUGAAACAACCCUUUACUACUCAGGUAAUAACUGUUAUAUUUAAUUGAAUAGUUUUGUGGGAAAUAUAAACCCUAUUAUAGACAAGCAGUCUUGCUUAUAAAAAAAUUGCAAAGCUAUACUUUGUUAAAACACACGUUUACUCCAUCAGCUGUAAGUCAAAACCCGCCAUCUUGUUCAUUAACAAGGUUUAAACUAGGAACCGGUGAUGUUUUUGACAGCUAUUUAAGCAAUUCUUAACCACCUCUUAAUGCUAAAACAAUUUUAUAAGUAAGACUGUAAGACCAAGUCCCGUCAGUAGUAGAGAAAGCCGGUGGGCGGCAGUGGCAAACACUUUUAACAGUUUUUAUACAUUAUUUUUAAUAUUUUACAAACGCGAAAUCAGUUUGUUGACAUCAGUAGCGCAAUUCAUUAUACAAAUUUGAAACAAAUGUUAUAUUUUUUCCCAAAAACAUAUUAAAAUUUUGAGCUUCAAGG